CGGGGGGCGGCUGAGGGGGCCGGGCCGGGCUGCGGGGCGAGCGACGCGGCGGGGCCCGGGACGGCGGCGCGGCCCGGGACGGCGAGGCUCGGCAUGGCUAUGGCAGCGCGCUCUUCGCAGACAGAGCUGUGACCUGGCCCUGCUCGCAGCUGAGGAGCCUGCCCACCAUGGCGAGCCCCACUCUGAGCCCCGACUCCUCGUCCCAGGAGGCCUUGUCGGCCCCCACCUGCUCCCCCACCUCUGACUCCGAGAACCUCAGCCCCGAUGAGCUAGAGCUACUGGCCAAACUCGAAGAGCAGAACAGGCUCCUGGAAGCCGACUCCAAGUCCAUGCGCUCCAUGAAUGGCUCCCGGCGGAACAGCGGCUCCUCGCUGGUGUCCAGCUCCUCAGCCUCCUCCAACCUGAGCCACCUGGAGGAGGACACAUGGAUCCUGUGGGGCCGGAUCGCCAACGAGUGGGAGGAGUGGCGGCGCAGGAAGGAGAAGCUGCUCAAGGAGCUGAUCCGCAAGGGCAUCCCACACCAUUUCCGGGCCAUCGUGUGGCAGCUCCUGUGCAGCGCCACGGACAUGCCAGUCAAGAACCAGUACUCGGAGCUGCUCAAGAUGUCCUCACCUUGCGAGAAGCUGAUCCGCAGGGACAUUGCCCGCACCUACCCGGAGCACGAGUUCUUCAAGGGCCAGGACAGCCUGGGCCAGGAAGUGCUCUUCAACGUCAUGAAGGCCUACUCCCUGGUGGACCGGGAGGUGGGCUACUGCCAGGGCAGCGCCUUCAUCGUGGGCCUGCUCCUCAUGCAGAUGCCCGAGGAGGAGGCCUUCUGUGUGUUCGUGCGGCUGAUGCAGGAGUACCGCCUGCGGGAGCUCUUCAAGCCCAGCAUGGCAGAGCUGGGGCUCUGCAUCUACCAGUUCGAGUACAUGCUACAGGAGCAGCUCCCGGACCUGAACACCCACUUCCGCUCCCAGAGCUUCCACACGUCCAUGUAUGCCUCCUCCUGGUUCCUCACGCUCUUCCUGACCACCUUCCCACUGCCCGUUGCCACGCGUGUCUUUGACAUCUUCAUGUACGAGGGCCUGGAGAUCGUGUUCCGGGUGGGCCUUGCCCUGCUGCAGGUGAACCAGAUGGAGCUGAUGCAGCUGGACAUGGAGGGGAUGUCCCAGUACUUCCAGAGGGUAAUCCCCCAUCAGUUCGACAGCUGCCCAGACAAGCUGAUCCUCAAGGCUUACCAGGUCAAGUACAACCCCAAGAAGAUGAAGAGGCUGGAGAAGGAGUACGCAGCCAUGAAAAGCAAGGAGAUGGAGGAGCAGAUCGAGAUCAAAAGGCUUCGGACAGAAAACCGGCUCCUCAAGCAGCGGAUUGAGACCCUGGAGAAGGAGAGCGCUGCUCUGGCUGAUAGGCUAAUCCAGGGGCAGGUGACACGAGCGCAGGAGGCUGAGGAGAAUUACGUCAUCAAGCGGGAGCUGGCAGUGGUGCGGCAGCAGUGCAGCUCAGCGGCCCAGGACCUGCAGAAGGCACAGAGCACCAUCAGGCAAUUGCAGGAGCAGCAGGAUAACCCGCGCCUCACCGAGGACUUUGUGGCCCACCUGGAGACAGAGCUGGAGCAGUCACGGCUGCGGGAGACCGAGACCCUGGGGGCCCUGCGGGAGAUGCAGGACAAGGUUCUAGACAUGGAGAAGAGGAACAGCUCGCUGCCCGACGAGAACAACGUGGCGCAGCUGCAGGAGGAGCUGAAGGCGCUCAAGGUGCGGGAGGGUGAGGCCGUGGCCUCGGCGCGGGAACUGAAACUGCAGCUGCAGGAGCUCUCGGACACCUGGCAGGCCCAUCUGUCCCGCGGCGGCCGCUGGAAGGAGUCCCCGCGGAAGCUGGUCCUGGGCGAGCUGCAGGACGAGCUGAUGAGCGUGCGGCUGCGCGAGGCCCAGGCUGUGGCCGAGGGCCGCGAGCUGCGGCAGCGCGUGGUGGAGCUCGAGACGCAGGACCACAUCCACCGCAACCUGCUGAACCGCGUGGAGGCGGAGCGAGCGGCGCUGCAGGAGAAGCUGCAGUACCUGGCGGCGCAGAACAAGGGGCUGCAGACGCAGCUCAGCGAGAGCCGCCGCAAGCAGGCCGAGGCCGAGUGCAAGAGCAAGGAGGAGGUGAUGGCCGUGCGCCUGAGGGAGGCGGACAGCAUGGCGGCGGUGGCCGAGAUGCGGCAGCGCAUCGCCGAGCUGGAAAUCCAGAGGGAGGAGGGCCGCAUCCAGGGCCAGCUGAACCACUCGGACUCGUCGCAGUACAUCCGCGAGCUCAAGGACCAGAUCGAGGAGCUGAAAGCCGAGGUGCGGCUUCUGAAGGGCCCGCCGCCCUUCGAGGACCCACUGGCCUUCGACGGGCUCGGCCUGGCACGGCACCUGGAUGAAGACUCGCUGCCGUCGUCGGACGAGGAGCUGCUCAGCGUGGGCGUGGGCGCGGCGCUGCAGGACGCGCUCUACCCGCUGUCCCCGCGCGACGCGCGCUUCUUCCGCCGUCUGGAGCGGCCGGCCAAGGACAGUGAAGGCAGCUCAGACAGCGAUGCCGACGAGCUGGCCGCGCCCUACAGCCAGGGCCUGGACAACUAAGGCAGUGCCCCGCGUGCUCGGAGCCCGGGGCCGCCGCCUGCCCGCUCCUUGGCCGCCGCCCGCACUUAACAAACUCCAGGCCCUCGGUGGUCCCCCCCACCCCGAGGGCCAGGACCAGCGCGGCAGGGCGCGGAGGGUAGGACCGAAGUCUGGGGAUCCUGAGUCCCCUGGCAGGCCCACUCUCCCCAGCAGUGUUUACCGAUCUUGGUCCGUAGCCCUCUGGGCCCAGUUACCUGGAGGGUCUGCCCCUCUUAACAGCCAGGGCAGGGGUGGACCCAGGGGUCCCAGGACUGGAGGAGCAGGAACCUCCCCCCUCCUAGCUGGCCUCCUUCUGGGACAAGGGUGGCCCGGCUGGGAAGGACCCAGGAGCUAGAGGAGGCCUGAGGAAGAAGAGGCCGCUCUAGGCCUGUCGUUACAACCCCGUGCCACCCUCGGGACCCUUGGCCUCUGGGGACAGAUGGCCAGGCUGGGUUUUCCUGCCUGGGGCAGGCACUGUGGCCCCUGCGACAGAAACCAAAGCCCCCCCUACUGUGUGCAGGGCCGCGCAGGGUGUGGUGGCCAGCCGGAACCAGCCAGGGCCUGGGUAGUGUCUGUCCCUGCUUCUUGGGGGCCAGAGCAGCUGUAAGGAAGUGAAGAGACCCCCCUCUCCCCAGCACACCACGUCUCCCUCUGUGACAGUCCCAUCACCCCAGCCUGGCCAGUGAUGAAGGGGCUCCCCGACCCAGGCUAGCCUCCUCUCCAGGGGGUCCCCAGCCUCCACUUCCGUUCCUUCUCAGUAUCCCCGGCCCCACUCUCUGGCCAGAGCCAGGCCCCAGGGGAGGAGGCCUCCCAGUUGAGUUGCCUCCCAGCGCCUGCUCAUGGUGGUCCCGUGGUCUCUGCUGAGUCAGAACCAAGAACGGUGCCAAAAUCCAACGAUGCCCCCAGACCCCUGCCCCCUGGGGCCUCACGACCCUCAGGCUGACCCUCUCGGUGCUCCUGGAGCCUAGAGCAGCAUCACAAGCAGUCUCCCCGGCACUUCCUGGGGUGGGGAUCCAUGCUCAGUACCCCCUUCCCGGUCGCCCACUCCUCAGUGUUACAAAGCCUGGGGACCAGGGUGGGCAUCCGAGGGGCUCUCCCAUGUGCCCCCCACACUGCCUCCCACCAUUUUGCACACUGCCUGUUCACACUCCACAUGUCGCCCAGGCGGGAAAGAUGGAAAAUAAAGUGUAUUUACA